AUGGCUUGUUCUUCACAAUGUUAUCUCUCCUUGUUUCUCUUCCUCCUCGCUCUAUUUUUCACUCUUUCUUCCUCCCACUCCAUAACCCUUUCUCUCUCAUACCCUACAAAGUCUACCGCAAUCGACAGCGUAUGGCAACAGCUACGUCAGACAGCUGUCGCCAGGUCAGGCAACAUCGCCUCCACUACCCCUCUCUUUGCCAACAGUGACGGCAUGUACACCUUCUCCCUCGCCUUCGGCACCCCGACACAAUACCUUAUGUUUGCUCUCGUCAGCGGCGGUGUCUUCACCUCGUUCCCUUGCGGGGCCAACUUCUUGUGCGUGAAUUGCACCAUCGACCCUAAAGAUAUUCUCAUAUUCAAGCCCGAUCAGUCCAACACCUCUUCUCCCGUUUACUGCGACAACCCGUUACUGAGUAAGACCGUCUCCUUGGAUCUUGUCCCCGUUUGCACCGAAUGCAUCUCGAAUGACUCAUGCUCCAAUGCGCGGGCGGAGUACGCCGACGAUGAAGGGUCGGUGACGAUGUCAGGGUAUAUUCUAUCCGAGUCCCUAACCCUACCCGAAUUGAACCACCCGACACCCGAUCUCCUUGUUGGGUGCGCUUCCGAGUCGGAGGGACCUCCGGAAGGUAUAGGGAUCGCCGGGUUCGGGCGUGUCCCUUCGUCACUCCCGUCCCAACUCAACCUCACGAAAUUCUCCCACUGCUUUGUCUUGAACACAUACGAAGACAACCGCAAUGUAAGUGGUGCUUUGGUUCUCACCUGGGGAGAAGAAGAAGAAGAAGAUAGCCGCUACACUCCGUUGAUAAAGGUCACGAACGAGACGUGGGAAAACACGGGUUACUUGGUCAACAUAGAGAAGAUUAUGGUUGGGGGAGUCAAGGUGGAGGUCCCGACGGAGUAUCUGACCGUGAAUGAGACUAGUGGAAACGGGGGAAUGAUGGUGGAGGCCGGCUACACGAUCUCAGUCAUGGUCGGACGCGUGUUCGCAUCAUUGGCUCGGGAGUUUGAGAAGCAAGUCGGGAAGAAGUACACAAGGGCUGUGGAGAUGGAGAACGAGUCUUCGUUCUAUCCGUGUUAUUAUGUUAAGGAUUCGGCUAUGAAAGGUUUGCCGGAAUUGGGUUUCCAUUUCGAAGGAGGGGCCGAGUUGGAUAUGCCGUUGGAGAAUUACUUUGAGUAUUUUAACGAAUCGGUUAUUUGCAUGACCAUAUGGUCUUAUGGUAAUGAGACGACGACAGAUGCGCUGGAGGGGCCUGCCAUGGUGUUGGGUCAGAGGCAGAUGCAGAAUGUUUACGUGGAUUACGAUUUGGCCAACAAUCGUCUUGGUUUUUUUCCGAAAAAUUGCUCGCAAGGUUCUUAUUAA